CACGUGACGAGGCAGCUCCGUUCCAGGGAGGGGAGCCGCGGCCGCUUGUGCAAGGCUUAGGGGGAGUCGCAGCCUCCGCGGCGGCAGCAGCAGCAGCAGCAGGCGGAAGCAGUCCGGGUGCACAUUGUUUGUGUGAUGACCGAUCCUCGCGUCCCUCCCUCCGCUGCCGGCUGACAAGGACCGCGAGGCGCGCGCCCGGAGGAGAAGAGCCGCUGCCGCCGUGCAGCCAGUGACCUUGGCCCGGAGAGUGGCAAAUUGCUCAGCGCAACAUUUGUCAGCGGAUCGUAGCAUUGGGACAUGGCGCAAGGAAAUAAUUAUGGGCAAAGCAGCAACGGGGUGGCUGAUGAAUCCCCAAACAUGCUGGUAUACAGAAAGAUGGAAGACGUCAUAGCACGCAUGCAGGAUGAGAAAAAUGGGAUUCCUAUUCGUACAGUCAAAAGUUUUCUUUCCAAGAUUCCCAGUGUCUUUUCUGGUUCAGACAUUGUUCAGUGGUUAACGAAGAAUUUAGCUAUAGAAGACCCAGUGGAAGCUCUACAUUUGGGGACGUUAAUGGCAGCCCAUGGCUAUUUCUUUCCAAUCUCAGACCAUGUUCUAACACUAAAGGAUGAUGGCACCUUUUACCGGUUCCAAACACCCUAUUUUUGGCCAUCAAAUUGUUGGGAGCCGGAAAAUACAGACUAUGCGGUUUACCUCUGCAAGCGAACAAUGCAAAACAAAGCACGGCUUGAGCUAGCAGACUAUGAAGCAGAGAGUUUGGCCAGGCUACAGAGAGCAUUUGCCCGGAAGUGGGAGUUUAUUUUUAUGCAAGCUGAAGCACAAGCAAAAGUGGACAAGAAAAGAGACAAGAUAGAAAGGAAAAUCCUUGAUAGCCAGGAGCGAGCAUUUUGGGAUGUACACAGACCGGUGCCUGGAUGUGUAAACACUACUGAAGUGGAUAUAAAAAAGUCUUCAAGAAUGAAAAAUCCUCACAAAACAAGAAAGUCUGUCUAUGGAUUACAAAAUGACAUUCGAAGUCAUAGUCCUACCCACACACCAGUACCAGAAACUAAGCCACCCACAGAAGAUGAAUUACACCAAGAGAUAAAAUAUUGGCAAAUACAGUUAGAUAGACAUCGAUUAAAAAUGUCAAAAGUUGCAGAGAGUCUGUUAGCUUACACAGAGCAGUAUGUGGAAUAUGAUCCAUUUCUUGUGCCGCCUGACCCCUCUAACCCGUGGCUAUCAGAUGACACUACAUUCUGGGAACUAGAGGUGUGCAAAGAGCCAGGGCAACAGAGGGUAAAGCGAUGGGGCUUUGGCAUGGAUGAAGCACUGAAGGACACAGUGGGGAGAGAGCAGUUUCUCAAGUUCCUGGAGUCAGAGUUCAGCUCAGAAAACUUAAGGUUCUGGUUAGCAGUUGAAGAUUUGAAGAAGAGACCUAAUCGUGAAGUACCUGCUCGAGUCCAGGAAAUCUGGCAGGAAUUUCUUGCUCCAGGAGCUCCCAGUGCCAUCAAUCUUGAUUCGAAAAGUUAUGACAAAACCACACAGAAUGUGAAGGACCCAGGAAGAUACACAUUUGAAGAUGCUCAGGAGCACAUUUACAAAUUGAUGAAAAGUGAUUCCUAUCCUCGUUUUAUACGAUCCAGUGCCUACCAGGAGCUGCUACAGGCCAAGAAAAAGUUGGAAAACACACUGGAUCGUCGAACAUCUUUUGAGAAAUUCACACGCAAUGUGGGCAGAAACAUCCCUAUUUUUCCCUGCCAUAAAAACUGUACACCAACACUGAGGGCGAGCACUAACCUGUUAUGAAAAGAGGGGAAAUCGCUCACUUCAAAGAGGUUAACCAGUCUAGUGCAGUCCUACUAAAAGGAUCAUCCUUGUAGCAUGGAAGCAGACUCAAAUCAUUAUACAUACUUUGUAGCUCACUGAUUGCCUGAAUCAGAGGACAGUAGAACAAGAUGUUGCAUGAGCAAGGACCUGACUUGUUUUCUUUUGUGUAUACUAAGGCAUUACAGACUCCGAGGGACUCUCUAACCUUUCGAUGCCUCCAUUUUGAAAAUUGUCUGCUCACUUCCUCCUUCAUAUCAAGCUGGAUCUGUGUCAUUUUAUUUUCUGCAAGCUCAAGUACAGUGAAAAAAAAAGCUUCUGCUAGACACAGUUUAUUAAAAAAUACUAUCCUUACACAAACUGGAAGAAAUGUAAAAAAAAUAUGCAUAUACUAAUAAAUAUACAUAUGGCAUCACAUUUAUUGCACAAUAAAUUAGCACAGCAGGUUCCAUUUCACUGACGUAUUCACACAGAGAAAGAAAGCCUGUGUCUUUGUCUGUUGUCUGUAUAUUCUUUGUUAAUGUUUCUUGCAUUUAUUUUUAUACCAUAUUUAAAAAAGAACACCUUUUAAUCCAAAUGUA